AUGAUCCCAUUCUGCUUUUUUUCCCAAUCGUUGAGUGAGUGGAGAGCGGAGCGCCUGCUGCUGCCUGGGAAUUCUGUUAAAGCACAUCUGCGGCCACUGCCAUGGCUGAACGCCGCGCAUUCGCCCAGAAAAUCAGCAGGACUGUGGCAGCAGAAGUUAGGAAGCAGAUAGCCGGUCAGUAUGGAGGCUCCCCUCAGCUCUUCAAAAACCUUAAUGUUGGGACCACAUCAAGCAACACAGUUCCCCUCACCGAGGCGGUGGAGCCGGUGGAUUUUGAGGAGUAUCUCAUCACACAUCCUCCCAUCGUUGAGUCUGGUCCCCUGAGAGAUCUCAUUGAGUUUCCCCCUGAUGACAUCGAGGUCAUCUACACACCCAGGGAUUGUCGGACUGUGGUACAAGCUGUCCCAGAGGAAGGGGACACAGAUCCUCACGUCCGGGAUUGUGCGAGGUCCUACACAGAAGACUGGGCCAUUGUCAAUAGAAAGUAUCAUAAGCUCAGCACAGGCUUUAACCCUAACACUCUGGAUAAACAGAAGGAGCGUCAGAAAGGCCUGCCUAAACAGGUGUUCGAGGCUGAUGAGAUGCCAGAUAGCAGCAGCUACCAGGAUGACCAGGACGAUCUGAAGCGGCGAUCGAUGUCUAUAGAUGACACUCCACGCGGCAGCUGGGCUUGCAGCAUUUUUGACUUGAAGAAUUCCCUCCCCGAUGCGCUCCUCCCUCAUCUCCUUGACCGGGCUCCCAACGAGGAGAUAGACCGACACAACGAAGAGCAGCGCAAGACCAGCCGCAAUCGUGAACUCUUUGCUCUCCACCCCGCCCCCGAUGAGGAAGAUCCCAUCGAGCGCCACUGUGUGCCUGAAGUACCUAAAGAGCACUUUGGCCAAAGGCUACUCGUCAAGUGCUUGUCCUUGAAGUUUGAGAUCGAAAUUGAACCUAUAUUUGCUAGUUUGGCCUUAUACGAUGUCAAGGAAAAGAAAAAGAUAUCGGAAAACUUUUUCUUUGACUUAAAUUCUGAGCAAACAAAAGCGAUGUUGCGUCCUCACAUUCAGACAGCAGCCAUUUCCACACUGGCACGGUCUGCCAUCUUCUCCAUCACCUACCCCUCCCAGGAUAUCUUCUUAGUCAUCAAGCUUGAAAAGGUACUGCAGCAAGGGGACAUAGGAGAAUGUGCUGAACCGUAUAUGGUCUUCAAGGAGUCUGAUGCUGCCAAGAAUAAGGAAAAGCUGGAGAAGCUUCGGAGCCAGUCUGAGCAGUUCUGCCAGCGUUUGGGACGCUACCGAAUGCCUUUUGCGUGGACGGCCAUCCAUCUAAUGAACAUUGUAAACAGUGCUGGCAGUCUGGAGAGAGACACAGAGCUGGAGAUGAGCCUCUCAGAGAGAAAAGGCUCAUGGUCAGAACGGAGGAACUCGAGCAUCAUGGGAAGGCGUUCCUUAGAGAGGACCACCAGUGGAGAUGAAGCAUGCAGUCUGACAGGUUUCAGACCAGCAACGCUUACUAUAACCAACUUCUUUAAACAGGAGGGAGACAGGCUGAGCGACGAGGAUUUGUAUAAAUUUUUAGCUGAUAUGAGAAGACCUUCUUCAGUGCUACGGAGACUCAGACCCAUCACAGCCCAAUUAAAGUUGGACAUUUCUCCAGCCCCUGAGAACCCCCACUACUGUCUGACCCCAGACCUCCUGCAGGUUAAACCAUACCCAGACAGCAGGGUGCGCCCCACCAGAGAGAUCCUGGAAUUCCCUGCCAGGGAUGUCUAUGUGCCAAACACCACAUACAGGAAUCUGCUGUAUGUGAAUCCUCAAAGUCUUAACUUUGCCAACCGCCAAGGUUCUGCACGCAACAUCACUGUCAAAGUGCAAUUUAUGAAUGGGGAGGAUCCAAACAAUGCAAUGCAGGUCAUAUUUGGGAAGUCGAGUUGUGCGGAUUUCUAUAAAGAGGCCUACACUGCGGUAGUGUACCACAACAGAUCCCCUGACUUUCAUGACGAGAUCAAGAUUAAGCUGCCCGCCUCUCUGUCAGACCACCACCACAUCCUCUUCACUUUUUACCAUGUCAGUUGUCAGCAGAAGCAGAACACACCUCUGGAGACCCCUGUGGGAUACACAUGGAUCCCGAUGUUACAGAACGGACGCCUGAGAACAGGCCACUUCUGUUUGCCCGUGUCUCUGGAGAAGCCACCGCAGUCGUACUCUGUCCUCUCCCCUGAUGUUCCUCUCCCGGGAAUGAAGUGGGUAGACAACCACCGAGGCGUGUUUAAUGUGGAACUGGUGGCUGUUUCAACCAUCCACACACAGGACCAGUACCUGGAUAAGUUCUUUGCCUUGGUACAUGCCCUGGAUGAGCACGUGUUCCCGGUCAGGAUAGGAGACAUGCGCAUCAUGGAAAACAACCUGGAAACCGAGCUCAAGUCCAGCAUUGCAGCACUCACCUCGGCCCAGCUAGAGCCGGUGGUUCGAUUCCUCCACCUCCUGCUUGACAAGUUGGUGCUGCUGGUGGUUCGGCCGCCGGUCAUUGCUGGGCAGAUCGUGAAUCUAGGACAAGCGUCCUUCGAGGUGAUGGCGUCUGUAGUGAACCGACUUCAUAAGUACCUGGACACCAGCCAGGACAUUCAUGGCCGCAACAGUCUGCUGUCCUCUUACAUCCACUACGUCUUCCGCUUACCUAGCACAGACCCCAACUCACCAUCACCAGACCCCAACUCAUCCCUAACAGGUCCUGGAGGGCUUGGAGGUUCGGUUCACUAUGCCACCAUGGCUCGCUCAGCAGUUCGACCAGCCAGCCUCAACCUCAGUCGCUCCCGUAGCCUUAGCAACAGCAACCCUGAUAUUUCUGGUACGCCCACCUCUCCUGAUGACGAGGUUCGCUCGAUAAUUGGCAGCAAGGGCUUAGACCGCUCCAACUCGUGGGUGCACACCAUGGGCUGUAGUGCCCCCUGGGGAUCCAGCCCUGGGUCCGCUCCAGAAACCCUGCAGGCCAUGGAGCGCUGUGGCAAUCGCAUGUCUUCGCACACUGAGAGCGCCAGUUUCUUGCAAACAUUAACAGGACGGUUACCCACUAAAAAGCUCUUCCACGAGGAGUUGGCCCUCCAGUGGGUAGUGAGCAGUGGGAGCGUCCGCGAAGGGGCUCUGCAACAGGCCUGGUUCUUUUUUGAACUCAUGGUGAAGAGCAUCAUCCACCAUCUUUAUUUUGCUGACCGCUUGGAGUCACCCAGGAAGAAUCGCUUUCCCGAGCGCUUCAUGGAUGACAUCACAGCUCUAGUCAGCACCAUCGCUGGUGACAUCGUGUCUCGUUUCCAGAAGGAUCUGGAGCUGGUGGAGAGGCUAAACACAAGCUUGGCUUUCUUUCUUAACGACUUGCUGUCAGUCAUGGACCGAGGCUUUGUCUUCACACUCGUCAGAACUUACUGGAAACAGGUCUCCACGAAGCUUUACGCUUUGCAGAACCCAACUCUAGAAUCUCUGAGGCUCGAUUUCUUAAGGAUAGUCUCUAGUCACGAACAUUACGUCACCCUGAAUCUCCCCUGCAGUCUGCUGACCCCACCUGCCUCGCCUUCCCCAUCGGUGUCUUCAGCGACCUCACAGAGCUCCGGCUUCUCCACUCAUGUUCAGGACCAAAAGAUAGCCAACAUGUUUGAGUUGUGCGUUCCAUUCAGAGAGCAGCAUUAUCUGGCUGGACUAGUUCUGUCUGAAUUGUCGGUCAUCCUGGACCCAGAUAAUGAAGGAAUGUUCGGUCUCCAUAAGAAGGUGGUGAGUGUUGUUCACAACCUCCUGUCCAGCCACGACUCCGACCCUCGUUACGCUGACCCCGAGGUCAAGGCUCGGGUCGCCAUGCUCUACCUGCCUCUCAUCGGCAUCGUCAUGGAGACGCUGCCACAGCUUCAUGACUUUACAGAGGCCCAUAACCAGUGGGGCCGGCCCGGCUGUCCCCAGGGUGCAGCAGUCAGCAGCGGAGGAGAGGAAACGGAAGGAGAGGGCAACAGUAUGAUCAAUCAGACUGUUGCCAUGGCAAUAGCAGGCACCUCCACUGCAUCUCCGAUGUCCCGACCAAGCAGCUUCCUGCUCAACUCGCAGGCGAGUCGCCAGCAUGGGAGCUUCUCGGCCGAGUCGAGCCGCAGUCUGCUGAUCUGUCUGCUGUGGGUUCUGAAGAACGCAGAUGAGCUGGUUUUACAGAAAUGGUUCACAGAUUUGUCCGUGUCUCAGCUCAACCGCCUGCUGGACCUCCUCUACCUCUGCGUCUCCUGCUUUGAGUACAAGGCCCAUGUUGUGUUCACCAUGCAGGGAAAGAAGGCAUUUGAACGCAUGAACAGCUUAACCUUUAAAAAGUCCAAAGACAUGAAGGCCAAGCUGGAGGAGGCCAUACUGGGCAGCAUCGGGGCCAGACAGGAAAUGGUGCGGCGCAGCAGGGGACAGCUAGAGCGGAGUCCAUCUGGCAGUGCUUUUGGGAGUCAAGAAAACCUCAGAUGGAGGAAGGACAUGACCCACUGGAGACAGAACAGUGAAAGGAUGGACAAGAGUCACAGAUCAGUCAGAACGAGGGCCGAGCUGGAACAUGAAGCCCUGAUUGAUGGGAACCUUGCAACUGAGGCCAACCUGAUCAUUCUUGAUACUUUGGAGAUAAUUGUACAGACGGUUUCAGUGACGGAGUCGAAGGAGAGCAUCCUGGGUGGGGUGCUGAAGGUGCUGCUCCACAGCAUGGCCUGCAACCAGAGCGCCCUCUACCUUCAGCACUGUUUUGCCACACAAAGAGCCCUGGUUUCUAAGUUUCCUGAACUUCUGUUUGAGGAGGAGACGGAGCAGUGUGCAGAUCUGUGUUUGAGACUUCUGAGGAGCUGCAGCAGUAGCAUCAGUACCAUCAGGUCCCACGCCAGCGCCUCCCUCUACCUCCUCAUGAGACAGAACUUUGAGAUUGGGAAUAACUUUGCAAGAGUGAAGAUGCAGGUGACCAUGUCUCUGUCCUCACUGGUGGGAACAUCCCAGAAUUUUAAUGAAGAGUUCCUGCGGCGGUCUCUGAAGACCAUUCUAACCUACGCGGAGGAGGACCUGGAACUCCGAGAGACCACGUUCCCAGACCAGGUCCAAGACCUCGUGUUUAAUUUACACAUGAUCCUGUCAGACACAGUGAAGAUGAAAGAGCAUCAAGAAGAUCCUGAGAUGUUGGUAGAUCUCAUGUACAGGAUUGCAAAAGGAUACCAGACCUCUCCAGACCUGAGGCUAACGUGGCUCCAGAACAUGGCUGGAAAACACUCGGAGAGGAAUAACCACGCUGAAGCUGCUCAGUGUCUGGUGCACAGCGCCGCUCUAGUGGCAGAAUACCUGAGUAUGCUGGAGGACCGCAAGUAUCUCCCUGUAGGCUGCGUCACUUUCCAGAAUAUCUCCUCCAACGUGCUGGAGGAGUCCGCAGUAUCUGACGACGUGGUGUCGCCAGAUGAGGAGGGCAUCUGCUCGGGGAAGUAUUUCACUGAAAUCGGUCUCGUGGGUCUCCUGGAGCAGGCCGCUGCCUCGUUCUCCAUGGCCGGCAUGUAUGAGGCAGUGAAUGAAGUCUACAAGGUACUGAUCCCCAUACACGAAGCCAACAGGGAUGCAAAGAAGUUAUCCACCAUCCACGGUAAACUGCAGGAAGCCUUUAGCAAAAUAGUCCAUCAGAGUACUGGCUGGGAGAGGAUGUUUGGUACUUACUUCAGAGUCGGGUUUUACGGUUCCAAGUUUGGGGAUCUAGACGAGCAGGAGUUUGUGUACAAAGAACCUGCCAUCACCAAACUGGCUGAAAUCUCCCACAGACUUGAGAGCUUCUACGGGGAGCGAUUUGGAGAGGAUCAGGUAGAGGUCAUCAAGGACUCCAACCCUGUAGAUAAGUGCAAGCUGGACCCUAAUAAGGCGUUUAUCCAGAUCACGUACGUGGAGCCGUACUUCGACACCUACGAGAUGAAAGACCGCAUCACCUACUUUGAUAAGAACUACAACCUGAGACGUUUUGUCUACUGCACUCCUUUCACCUUGGAUGGACGGGCACACGGAGACCUGCACGAGCAGUUCAAACGCAAGACCAUCCUCACUACGUCGCACGCCUUUCCUUAUAUCAAGACCAGGAUCAACAUCGUCCACAAAGAGGAGAUUAUUUCCACACCCAUAGAGGUGGCUAUAGAGGACAUGCAGAAGAAGACUCAAGAGUUGGCUUUUGCCACCCACCAGGACCCGGCCGAUGCUAAAAUGCUACAGAUGGUCUUACAGGGAUCUGUGGGCACGACGGUGAACCAGGGGCCUUUGGAGGUGGCUCAGGUGUUUCUGUCAGAGAUCCCCAGUGACCCCAAACUGUACAGACACCACAACAAGCUACGGCUCUGCUUUAAGGACUUCACAAAGAGGUGCGAAGACGCCCUGCGGAAAAACAAGAGCCUGAUUGGCCCGGACCAGAAGGAGUACCAGAGGGAACUUGAGAGGAAUUACCACAGGCUGAAGGAGGCGCUGCAGCCGCUCAUCAACAGGAAGAUCCCUCAGCUUUACAAACCUGUCCUGCAGGUCAACUCGCACAGCAAACGGACAGCUUGAUAAGAGAUUCCUUCAGCAGGAUGAGUCUUCGCAAGCUUGAUAUUUGAAGAUGACAAGAAUACACACACACACACACACACACACACACACACACACACACACUCAAAGACAUAACAGAAAUUGCAAUAUUAAUUUAUUCUGAAGUGUAUAUAGGAGUGUCGGUUGAAAGUUGGUGUUAAAGCGUGUAAAAGGAACAGGUUACAAGUUGCAGCUUGGUUUUUCAUUCCAGUGUCUUAAUCUGUUUACAGAGGUACGGCCACACAAUCAGCUAAGAUGAAGACACAGCUUGGCGGUUUCUGCCAGACGUUUGUUACUGUGGAUGCUUUUUUUCUUCAGCUACUUGUAAAAAAACAAAAGGUGACGUUGACUCUUGAUGCCGAGAGAACAUUCUGGCCGAGCUGUUAACCAUUAUGAAUGUUCUGAGAUCCAUUUAAGUGCCAAAAAUCCCUUUUCAGCCAAAAUUUUUACAACAGAAAAACAACCUGUAUGAUUUUACUAGUCCAGGUGUCUUAUUUAAUCGUGUACGAUGUGUCAAAAAAAAACUGUAUUCAUUCAUGUGUGCACUUUUUUAUUAUGGUGUAGCAGCGCAUUUUACAACUUGAAAGUCUGUGUUUCAAAAAGAAUGGUACCAGUAUUUAUCAUGUUGAAGCAACGAUAUUUUAAAGUUAGGUACUUAAAACACCCUUGUAUAAUUUAAUGUAGUUUUGUUUUACUUUAAUAUUUUACUAAGUAAAUAUUUAAAUGGUGA